AUGGCGAACUGGAAAGAAAGAUGCUGCUAUGGAGAGGUGUUUCCUUUCACGGCAAUGGUUACGGUCGAGUGUGUCAGUGUUGGCUUGAGCACCAUCUUCAAAGCAGCCACCUUGAAGGGUUUGAAUUAUCGUGUCUUCAUGUUAUAUUCCAAUGGGCUUUCAGCUCUUAUCCUCCUCCCCCUUUGCUUCUUCUUCCACAGGAAAUCUCGGCUUCCUCCGUUGUCUUUUGGUCUCCUUGCUAGAUUUUUCUUCCUCGGGAUUCUCGGCUUUCUAGGUCAAUUUCUUGGAAGCAAAGGAAUCGAGUACAGUACUCCAACACUGGCUUCUGCCAUGUCCAACCUUACCCCAGCUUGCACUUUUAUCCUGGCAGUGCUCCUAAGGAUGGAAAAGCUAAAAGUCAAAAGCUUGAGCAGCCAAGUUAAGGUAAUGGGGAGUGUAAUAACGAUUGCAGGAGCCCUAGUGGUGGUUCUGUACAAAGGCCCUGUUCAGAUGAGGAGCCCUACAUCUUCAGCUUCUGUUUUUGCACAACAGCCAGCACUGGUCAAUGUCACCACUGGGGCUGAGCAAUCGGAUUGGAUCAAAGGUGGUGCGCUUCUCGCUGCCGACUAUGUGAUAGCCUCCGUUUGGUAUAUCUAUCAGACCAAGGCUAUCGUGGAUUACCCGGCAGAACUAGUUGUGGUUUUCUUCUACAACCUAUCAUGUGCGAUCCUAGCAAUACCGGUUUGUUUAAUCGGGGUACCAAAUUCAAGUGCAUGGAAUAUACUGAAACCUGACGUGCGGUUGUACUCAGUGGUGUAUGCAGGUGUAAUGGGAUCAGGCUUCGGAAUUCUUGUUCAGACCCGGUGCUUACAUGUAAAGGGACCUGUAUAUGUAGCUUUAUUUAGGCCGUUAUCGAUAGCCAUUGCUGCAGUGAUGGGAUUCAUUUUUCUUGGCGAUAACUUCUACAUUGGAAGCUUGGUCGGAUCCUUGAUCAUAUCUUUUGGGUUUUACAUGUUGAUAUGGGCAAAAGCUCAAGAAGUGAAUGGAGAGAGAUCACCUGAAGGUAAGUUUGUGGCAUCCUCAAGCGCAAAUGCUCCAUUAUUAGAGCAGUACGAUGAUUCAAGAAAUGAAGGACGUGAGCCCUUAACUGCUUGA